AUGGAGCUAGUGCUACCCAAUGACGUACUACUCUUGAUAGGAGAGCAACUGGAACAUAAAGCAGAUCGCUGCAACCUCAUCUUUGUCUCCCGUCAUUUCCACGAUCUUUUUCUCCCGCUGGUAUAUCGAAAAGCGUCUUUCUACAAUUGGCAGGAUGCGAAUUCCUUCCUGCAUGCCAUACUGCAACGACCUGCGCUGGCGCGGGCCGUUCGGGAGCUAGAUUUAACAGGUUGGCAUGCAAAAAGCGUAUCAGACGACGACUGCGACAAAAUCCAAGGCUCGGAAUCUUUGCAUGCAUGGCUGCAUGCUGUAUCAUGCUCAAGGCUCGAAAUUGAUCAAUGGUCCCAAGAUCUUGGAAAAGGCCUCGCUGACGCCUGGGUUGCUCUCGUUUUCCCGCUGUUAAGUCAGCUCAGGAAGCUUUCACUCGCCUAUACGACAAACUCUCCUCAUUUGGAACGGAUUAUGCAACAGGCCGUGGAUUGCAAACCGCCAUUUUCCAUCCAACCAGCCUUCCGGCACCUACACGAAGUUUCAUUAUAUCAUCGGGAAGAUCUCAACCACAACGAGCACGUGGACAAUGUGGGACGUGAAACUCAACUAUCAUCAGCACUGCUCCUACCAUUUUUCCAACUGCCAUCUGUUCGUACCAUCAUAGCUAACUCUGUGGUGGAUCGGAGUUCCACCACUCCGCCCUCCGAUGAACCGACAGAUGACGAGAAACCACGCCUUGGUUUCUCGUCAAUCACCGAUAUUGAUUUGCGUGCAAGUAGCGGGAACCACGGUAUGGAGAUGUUGGUUAGUUCAUGCGCAGAUCUGAAGUCAUUUAAAUACCAGCAUUCGGACUCGCACGUUCUUUCGCAUGGCUACCAACCAUCCGCCUUCCAUCGCUCUCUGAGCCACAGCAAAAAGAGCCUGCAGACAUUGUGGCUGGACAACUAUGGCAGCCACUACCCUUUCACCGCUGCGGGGUUGAAUCAAAACCAUGACGAGUGGUUCGGCUCCCUGGUUGAUUUCACUGCUUUGCAAGAAGUGCGUGUGAGACUGCCGAAUCUUCUCGACAUUCGAUACCAGAAUGAACCAACCACACCUCUCAUGGAAUGUCUCCCGUCCUCGCUUGAGACCCUUUACAUUGAAGGGUGUGAGGAGCAAUAUCUGGGAAUGUUGGUCUCCCAAUUACAAACCGUGAUCAAAAGCCGCAAGACUCGUUUCCCCCAACUCAAGCGUGUCCAUAUUGAGGGCGCAUUCCACAAUGCGCCGUCGGAUGAUGAUGGCCAGGUUGCCAGGCCCGGAUCGGAUGUACUUGAAGCUGUGAUCAAGGAGAAAAUAUACCAGGCUGCUGAGCCUUUGCAUAUAGACUGCGCCAAUGCCGGUUUGGAGUUGCAUCUUCACGACCGCGCUCUAUCGCAUAUUUGA